AAUUGAAGCUGCCAAACAUGAAUGACUUGUGUCUAUUUAAGAACUUCAAUAUCUUAACUCCAUCUUGUGAAACCCAUAAACAUACAUAGACCAAAUACACCUUCUCACGAGAAUGGGAAUAUCGCGGUGCAACAUUUCUUUUCUGCAGCUCUUUCUUUUUCUGUUACUCAAUGUCACCCACUUCUUGUCAUUUGUGCAGACACUCUGCCAUGUUGAUGAGGGCUCUGCCUUGUUGCAAUUCAAGGAAAGCUUCAGUAUACACAAGUCUGCAUCUGAAAAUCCGUUUGCUUACCCGAAGGUUGCGUCUUGGACAAGAAAAGGUGGAGAGAGGAGCAAUUGCUGCUCUUGGGAUGGUGUUGAGUGCAAUGAGGAGACUGGCCAUGUUAUUGGCCUUGACCUCAGAAGCAGCUGUCUGUAUGGUUCUGUCAACUACAAUAGCAGCCUUUUCCAAGUACUUGUGCACUUGCAGAAGCUUGAUCUCUCGGAUAAUCACUUCAAUUUCUCAGAAAUACUAUCAACAUUAGGCCAUCUUACGAGUCUUGCAUAUCUUAACCUUUCAAAGUCCUCAUUUUCUGGUCUGAUUCCAACCGAAAUUUCAAAGUUAUCUAAGCUCUCUGCCAUUGAUCUCUCUUUCAAUUAUGAAAAUUCCACUGAUCAGUUGUUGAGACUAGAAGAGGCCAACCAGCUGAGAAGCCUGGUUCUAAACUUAACCCACCUAAAACAACUUCAUCUUAGUAGAGUUAACAUACCCUUCACUGUGCCUGAUGUCUUGGUCAAUGCAUCUUCUCUCACUUCUCUCCGCCUAGAAAACUGUGGGUUAAUUGGAGAAUUCCCUGUUGGCAUCUUCCAUCUACCAAACUUGCAGGUUCUUGAUUUGGACACUAACCAAGACCUGACAGGUCACUUUCCUGAUUUCAACAGGAGUAGUCCCUUGGAGUAUCUGAAUGUUGCGAGGACGAGUUUCUCUGGUUACUUACCUGCUUCACUCGGUAACCUUCGUUCCUUAAAAUUCUUGAACAUUGAGUAUUGUGAGUUUAACUCUCACCUUCCAUCUUCACUUGGCAAUCUUACCGAGCUCAAUUACCUUGAUCUUUCAUUUUUUUUCGACCGUAGUUUCACUCACUCAGACAUUUCACCAAACAAUUUUAGUCUCGUAGAUUCCUGGUCUUGCAUCGGAAAGCUUACCAAACUUCAGCACUUGGGCCUUGGCCAUACCUACUUGAAGGGAGAGUUUCCAACUUUUGUGGCUAACCUGACUCAACUAGAAGAGCUCAACUUGGGCAAUAACAAUAUAACUGGUGAAAUCCCAUCAUGGCUUACGAAGUUUACCAAAUUAACUCUUCUAAACCUUCGGUUUAACAAUUUGCAAGGAGCAAUUCCAAGGUCACUAUUCUAUCUUCAUAAUCUUGAACUUCUUGACCUUUCUUCAAAUAACUUAAUUGGAUCAGUUGAUUUUGAUACGUUUUUCAACCUCAAGAAGUUAAGGGUACUUAAGUUAUCAUUCAACAAGUUAUCUCUUCAAAUGAAAAGUAGUUUGAGUGCUACUGCUCCAAUGUUUGAAGUUCUGAAAUUAGGUUCAUGCAAUUUGACCGAGUUUCCAGAAUUUUUAAAGAAUAGUAGUAGAUUGGUUGAUCUAGACCUAUCUGACAACUAUAUUCAGGGCCAAAUACCGAAAUGGAUGUGGAGCUCAACUAGAGAAACCUUGUUGAGUCUUAACCUCUCUGGAAACUCUUUAUCUGGAUUUGACCAAAACCUUGUUGGUCUUCCAUGGAGGAAUCUCAAAGUUUUUCAGCUUGGGUUUAACAGGAUACAAGGAUCACUGCCAGCUCCACCAGCAACAAUCAAAAUUUAUUCUGUUCCAAACAAUGUUUACAGUGGAGAAAUGUCAGCAUCAUUUUGCAACUUGAGUUCUCUACUUAUUCUUGAUUUGUCCAACAACAACUUGAGUGGCCUGAUUCCACAAUGCUUGGGUAACUCAGGUGCUUUGGAGAUAUUGAACCUGCGGAAUAACUCAUUUCAGGGCCAAAUUCCUCCAAUGUGUACCAACGGAAUUAGUUUUAAAUCGGUCGACUUAAGUGAAAAUAUGUUGCAGGGCGAGCUACCAAUAUCUAUGGCCAAUUGUACUCGGCUAGAGUUUCUUAAUUUGGGAAAGAAUCAGAUUAGUGGCAUCUUACCAACUUGGUUAUGGGAUCUUCCAGUUUUAAGGGUUCUCAGGUUGCGGUCCAAUAGAUUUUAUGGCACAAUUGUCGCGGCUCCAACAAACCUCGGGUCCUCAAUAGAGUUGUGCAUCAUUGACUUAUCUCACAAUUCUUUUUCAGGUACGCUGCCAAUCCUGCCACACAACUAUGAGGUGUACUGGAAUUGCCUCGAAUCGGUUGGCGGUAUUUAUGAAGAGUCGACAAUGUUCCAAGAUACUUACAGAGUUGGUGCUGUAACGUAUCAUUAUGAUUACUCGAUGUCAAUAUCUGGCAUAGGUGUUGUGUUGAAACCUUUGAAGUACGCCGAUUCUCCUUACUUCAAAGUCAUAGAUCUCUCAAGUAACAAAUUUGAAGGAGAGAUUCCAACCAUUGUGUACGAGUAUCUGGUGGGGCUUCAAUUGCUUAACCUCUCCAACAACAUUCUCAUUGGUAGUAUCCCUUCAUCUAUAGGGAACUGGACUGGACUUGAAUCAUUGGAUCUCUCCAAUAACCAUCUUUCAGGAGAGAUACCCAGAAGUCUAGAACAACUCACUUCCAUUUCGGCGUUUAAUGUAUCCCACAACCAUCUAAGGGGGCCUGUACCACAUGAAAACCAAUUCCGUACGUUUGAGAGAAGUUCGUAUCUAGGAAACCCGAGUUUGUGCGGAUUUCCUUUGCAAGUGAAAUGUGAAGAUUCUGAGACUUCAAAGUCACAACCUCCAGGCUUUAUUGAAGAAGAUCACCAAGACCCUGAUUAUCCAUUUGAAUGGCGUGUAUUCUUCCCUGCAGGACUUGCAAGUGGGUUGGUUGUUGGAUUUGUUGCUGGGAACACUUUAACAACCAAUAAGCAGCAAUGGUUCGUAGAGAAAUUUUGCAAGAGGAGGAGGCACCCAAGACGCACAAAUAAGGGGAGAAGGGCGCACAGAAAUUUUUAAUUUUUAGUCUUUGUAAACAUAACUAGUCUUUUGAUCUUGUGUAUAUUGGAAGAUUUUCUGUGUAAUUUAUAUUUGCCUAUUUCUUUUUUA